GUUGCCGUCGGCACUUGGAAGUCCGAAAUCUCUUAUGGAGCCCGCGAAUAUAACGCGGAGGCCUUGAGGAAAGAGUACGGAGGCCGAGAAGGAGCCGAGAAUUUGAGGAGGGAGUCAGCAAAGGGCGACCGCAAAUUCUCUGAGCUGCAGAGUUCUAUGGCUGAGAGGAGGCUCCGGACUCCGGACCUAGGGACUCAGUUGGGAGUUUCCAGUUGUCUGGAAAAAUGCCGGAAGAGCUCACCAGAUGCAGGGAGGCAGCCCUUCUCUGGAAAGUCCUUUUAUCUGGAUCUGCCUGCUGGCAAAAGUCUCCAGUUUUUGACGGGGGCCAUCCAGCAGCUGGGUGGGGUAAUUGAGGGUUUUCUGAGCAAAGAAGUAAGUUACAUCGUGUCCAGCCGCAGGGAGGCGAAGGCAGAGAGCAGUGGGACAAGCCCCAGAGGCCGCCCCAGCCCCAGCGAGGUCAGAGGGCAGACACCGUCCAUGGCCCUUCUGAAGGGCGGCCACACCAGGCCUUCGCAGAAGCCUGCAGACGCGCUGUCGCGGUGCCCAGCCUCCCGAGGGACAGGACUCCGAGACCUCAUCGACGCCUGCGUGGACCAUCUGUCUGUGUGCAGGCGGGCUCCAGAGCACACCUCACGGCUCUUCUUUUCCUGGCAGGUGCCUACGAGCAGAGGGAAGGAGCUCCUGCAGAAGGCCAUCAGAAACCAGGAGAGCGGCAGCGGGGGAGGCGGCGGGAGCAGCAGCAGUCUUCUGACCAGUGCCCGCUCCUGGGGAGUGAGGAUCCUGCACGUGGACGAAAUGCUGAUGCAUGUGCAGCAGCUGUCUCUUGGUGCUUUGUGUGGGAAGAAGCAAGGGCCGAGGAAGAAGGCAGAGGGAACGUGUCCAGCAGAGUCAAGAACGCGGAAAGUGGCCAGGCUGAAGGCACCGUUCCUCAAAAUCGAAGAUGAGAGCAGGAAGUUUCGUCCCUUCCACCACCAAUUUAAGUCCUUUCCUGAAAUGUCUUUUCUGGGACCCAAAGACGCAAGUCCCUUUGAGGCCGUGAUGACCCCGGGCGGCUCGCAUGCUACCAGAGAACCCAAGGACCGCGAGCCAAGCCUGCGAUCGGCCGCCCGCGCCCUGCCCAGGAGGAGGAAAGGCUUCUGUGAGUGCUGCCAGGAGGCCUUUGAGGAGCUCCACGCGCAUCUCCAGAGCACCCGGCAUCGGGGCUUCGCCCUAGAAGCCCACCUGUACACAGAAGUCGAUCGGGUCAUCGCCCAGCUCGGCCACAGCUUGCCCGACGCCCCAUCCCAGGCCGGCCUCCCCAGGCAGCUGGGCUCCCCGUCUUCAGAUGGUGACCCUCUGUGGCCUGAGACUCUGCCCUGCAGCCAGCCCUCCCAUCCCAGGGCCAUGUCUCCCCGGCUAAGAGAGAAAGACAGGCACCAGACCCCGGGCGCCCCAGAGCAAGAUGGAACGGUGGGCAGCAUGAAGCCAGCCGCUGAACCUGUCGGGGCUGACAAGAUGCUGGGACCAGUAGCGAGCUGCCAGGAGCUGGGGGAGUCAAUGGAUGUCAUUGCAGACCCCCCAGGGACACCAGCGUCCAAGAGCCCUGUACACCCGUGCCUCCCAACAAGCUGUGUUUCUGCGGAAUUCUCCGGCCUGCACGUGGCCCCUGUUGGCCACAAGCGGAAGGUUCAGUUCCCCGGUGGCAAUCCUGAAAAGAGGUCGGGGUCUCCCAGCCGCAGGCCUCGUUCUUCAUCCCAAGAGCCAGCAGCCCUUGUGGCGCCAGGACAAGCAGUGGCCGGCCUCUCCUGUCCCUUCCCCUUCCAGGCUGUGAGCACAGGCCUUUGGCCUCCCUCCUCCCCUUGUGGCACCCAGAGACCUGCCUCUCCCUCCCAGAGCCCUUCCCCUGGCAGCCCACGGAGAGGCCAGCAGAGUGCUGGGCCACACAGCCCCCUUGGCCGGGAGGACGAUGGCCCCCCGGGAUCUGAGGAGUCUGAGUGUGCAGCCCCUGGCCCUGUCCGCAGCUGGCUGGCCCGCUCCCCGGCUGCCCUGUGGCUCCAGGCCAGCUGUCCAGCGCACCUGCACUCAGCGGCUGACGUGCAGGCCCCCGGAGGACCUGUGAGAGCCAGUCUACCUCUGUUCCCUGCCCUCCACCAGCCAGCCAGCCGGGGAGCCGGGUGCUGCCAGUGGUCCUGGGCCCCCCACCUCCCCGUCUGCCAGCACCCGCAGAGGACGCCCCCGUGAGUUCUCCGGGGCAGCAGCAGCUCCCGACCUGAGGGCCAGAGACUCCAAUCCAAGUGCUCCCUCUGCGGAGCACUGCACACCCGGCCGGGGAGGAUAGCACCUCAGGGCCUCCCCGCGGGAGCCCGAAGAGCCCAGGGCCUGGCCUUUGAAGUCCAAGCGAAUAGCUGUGGUCACGGCCAAGCUCUGUGGGGUCGACAGAGCCAGUCCACCCACUCGCGGGUCUUGCGGGGAGGACAGAGAGUGUCUGGGCUGGGGGCCGCCCUCGGCCCCUACCUCCAGCCGUGUCCUGACCGGGCGGCAGUCUGCGAUGGGCUUGUCCGCCCGUGCCAGCCGCCCACUCCAGGAGGCAGAGGCAAGGUUGGCACAGGGAGGGACCACAAAGAAGCUGGAGCAGCAGGAGCCCUGGCCUGGCUUCCUGUCCCUCUGGAGGCACUUGCCGCUUGCAGAGCCGACUUUUGGUGUUUCCCCACCCCCACCCCAGCCUCCUUUCCCAGGAGCAUGUGGCUCUCCUGCUUUCUGAAAUGCCUGUUUGUCCCCUCCCCCAGCCCCCCACGCGCGUGCACACAGAUCCUCAGGAACAUACGAAGCAGAGGAGGGGCUGGCUGCAGCACCUCAGAGCGCCCUCGCCCCUGUUUGGUGGGGAGCCCAGCACCGAACGGACCUUUCCCCUGAGCACUGGGGGAUGGCCAGACCCCCCCCAACUCUGAGGACCCCUCUGCUCUUCCCUGGCUGCCCCCCCCAUUUCUGCUAUUCCAGGGUCAGCGGUUCACCUGCCAACUUCUGCAUCACCCUCUUCCCUCCCUCCUUCCCCAAGGACCUCCCCCCAUUUCUUUCAGCCAAGCCAUUAAUCUGGAGACAGAGAUGGGUUUGCUAUCGAUUCUUUGGCCACUUUUUUUUUUAUUGCAUUUUGUGCUGUGGUUCUCACCCUUCUCUGCCUCUGUGUGUUUGUUUCUUUAAAUGUUGAAGCUACAAGAAGCCUGGUGCUAUUCUGUGUCUCAUUUUGGUGGAAGAAAGGGGGGCCUAGCUGCGAGUGAGGACCUGAGUUGUUACUUUGGAAAUAGAGCAACUGUGUGUACAAUCCUCACAGAGGUCAUGUUUGGCCUUUUUAUGCCAUUCCUGUUACAUUUCACAAUUAAUCUUGGUUCAGGAACUGUAAAUAAAUUUAAUAGCAAAUAACAAAGGGAUAUGUCAGGCCUCAGUGUGCCCUCCAGUGACCCAGAGCAGGGCUGCCGGCCCAGCAGACGUGGGCAGAGGAAGGGGCCGGCAGGAUGGGAGCCACCUGUGAGUGGGAGAGCCUAUGUCAGAGCUGCCACCUUCCCCGGCCUGGUCCCUGAGGGCUGGGGGGCGGACGGGCUGCAUCUGUCCCGACUCUUCUGGUCACUCACUUGGCCCUGCUGCCUGCCAGGCGGUCAUCUGCAGAGGGCAAGCCCACAGCCCACUACCAAGGAAACGCCUGUGCCCUACUGAGCUUUCCUGCUGGGGUCCCCGUUGCCUCUCUCACGACACCGCCACUCUGGAUGAGAAGUUCCCCCACCGCUUUCUCAGACCUCUGGGAUGUCCUCCUGUGCUGCUCCAAGACUAGCACACCCAGUGCCAACACCCUCCUCGCCAUCUGCCCUGGACCUCACGGCCGCCUGGCCUUCCCCUCCCAUCUCAACGGUUGUGACCUUGGACCUCUCCUCUCAGCCAGGCCAAGGCCCAGGGCUGUCUCUCUCUGUCCGUGUCUCCGUUCCAGCCUCCAGGGUAUGAAUGUAGAGGGGACCCCAGGAGACCUGAGCUAGGGCAGGUGGGUGCUGCCCCACACACUAGGUCCCUAAGUGGCUCCCUGACAUGGGGACUAUUUGAACCCCCUUCUGCUCCUCCGCAGAUGACCUUGACUCAGACUGCGUAGGCACUGCCUGCCCCUGCUCUCUGUCCCCUUUGCACAUCUUACUCUUGCAGAAGGAGCCAUGUCCUUCCUGUCACCAUCCCUGCUCUCCAGUCCACCCCAGGCAGCCUUGUCGAAUUCCUUCUCGGACUUGCCAUCUCCUCUUGCCUCUGCCCUAAAACUCCACCCUGGAAAACACUCGCAUUGAUUCAGCGGGCUCCCCCCUGUUCCCCGGCUACUUCCUGCGGUCUGCAGCCACUGCCUCCCUGUCUGCGUCUCCUCGCCCUUCCAAAGCCACCAAGGCUCCACCUGAGGCGCACUGCUGGGCUGGUCUGUUCCAAGGUCACCGUAUAGCCUGAGAAUUCCCGAAGUCGGGUUCCUUCUCUCCUUUUCCACCUUGAAACCGGGCUCCCCUGCUCCGUGAGCCCCUGCCAGCCCGGUCCUGCCUUCCCCCAGCCUCUGCCCUCCGUACCAGCCUCCUUCAGCACAGGCCGAGAUGUCUGCCCCGAGUCAGCUCCUGGAGCCUAAACCCGCCCUCUGGCACCCCUGCUUCCCCAACCUGGGACCUUUGUCCUCUCCCCUGUGUGCCACUCUUUUCCUUCGCAGGCGGGACCUGAAUUGGUAGCUCAGCCCCUGGCUCGCUUCUGAAUUCUACUCUUGCCCUGUGCUGGGGGGAUCUAGCCACACCCCGGCUCGCUGGAGUCCCUUGACCACUCUGGGCCUCAGUUUCCUCAUGUUUCAGUGAGGGGCUUGGAUGAGAUGACCUCAAGGGUCCUUUCCAAUAAUAAAAUCCCUGAGGCCAACGGGUCCCUCGUAUCCCUCUGUCCUGCUGCUACCACAGACCUGCUUACCUAGAAACUCACUCCUCCAGUCAGGACCGGCUCCCCUUCCCACUGCGUCCUGUGCCUCCCUGGCUUUUCUCUGCCUCAGCCCCUCAGCCUCUCGCACCAGACUCAGGUCCUCCUGGUCACUCCCCCUGCUGUCCAGGCCUUCUUACAGCCACCCUGCCUUCCUGCUCUCUGCCACCUCCCGGUCCCUUGCCUGGCCACCGUGGGCACUCCAGGCCUGAGGUCGCUCCCGGUCACUGACCUGGAAUGCCUCUCCACGACAGCAAGAAUGCCCUGCUCUUCGAGGCCCAGGUUCCGUAUUCCCCGAAAACCCUGGAGUGUAUGCCUUCAGGCUACACAGGCCCGAGUUCACAUCCGGGUCCUGCCCGCAACUGACCUCUGGCAAGGAUCCUGAGACACUUUUCUUAAUCUGAAAAACGGAGG